AUGGGCAAUUUCCUUUCUGCCACAGGUGACAGUGUUGGUAGCGGUCCGGCCAUGGUGGAGAUUCAGGAGAAGCGGAGAAGCAGGAGCAUCUCCUCUGCUUUGCCUAUAAACAAUCUCGACGACGGUUGUCUUAUGCACAUCUUUAGUUUCCUAUCCCCAAUUCCAGAUAGGUAUAACACCGCCCUUGUUUGCCAAAAAUGGCGUUUCCUGGCAUGCCAUCCUCAUCUAUGGCUUCGUGUACACCAAUCCAUCAAGAGUCCAACUGAACCUGGAGUUUUUCCUGACAUUGAAAUUGCCAUUUCUACUACAAGUCAUCUUGCCUGUAAUAUUUAGAUUAAAAAGCCAUUUUGCAUGAUUGGAGGGGGCGAGCUUCCUGAUGGCACAAUAUUGAUAUGCUCUCGGGGGUCAGAUAGUGCACUGGAAUUCCUGUCCACUACUUGUAAGGUGGAGAAUCAAAGGGCAGAGCUGGGUUGCUGCUUGCUUCAGCGGAGUGGAAGGCUGACCAUAGAGGAAUGCACGCUCCAGUGUAAGGAUAACCCCUUAGACUACCUYUCAUGCCCAAUUGUGAGUACUGCCAGUGGUUCGAGUGAUGGAACCCUAGUUUUACAACAUAUACAAGUCAUCUAUGCUCGAACUGCUAUAUUUUUCUGGUUUGAUGUAGUGCAUAAGUAACU